AUGGCGCCGGGGCGGUUCUGGCGCUGCUGCCAACGCGGCGUGGGCUGGGUGCCGGUGCUGUUCAUCGCCUUCGUGGUGGCCUGGUCCUACUACGCGUACGUGGUGGAGCUGUGCGUGUUUACUCUUUCUGGAAAUGGAGAAAACGGAAAGGCCGUUGUUUACCUUGUGGCUUUUCAUCUGUUCUUUGUUAUGUUUGUAUGGUCCUAUUGGAUGACAAUUUUCACCUCUCCUGCUUCCCCCUCCAAAGAGGUAAAUUUAAUGUUGGUAAAUUGCCAAAUCCUAUAACUAAUUAUGGAAUUAUUUUCUCCGUGUUACCUUUGUUAAAACUUUAUUAUAUGAUGCAUUUGUUCUGUUUCCAUUCAUGAAAGUGCUUGGUAAUUCUGCAUUGUGGAUGUGAGUCACCAGCUUAUUCUCAGGUACAACCCCCACUCACAUAGCAUAAAGAUUAAUGAUGUGUUAAAGUUUAGCUAUACUAA